AUGUGUAAGGUUACCUGUGAUAUAACAUUAAGACGACGUAGUGAUGUAGCGUUACCCCGAGUAUUAGGAGGAAGGGGUUGUCCCCCUUUAAUACAUUCGGCUUCCUUGGAUCGUUCUCUAUUUGAGAAGAAGAUUGGAAGCGCCUUCAAAGACCCACGAUUAACUAAAUCGAACGAUAUUUUAAAUGAGGAGGAGGAAGAAGAGGAUCCUAAACAGCGCUUCCAGUCUUUAGUUGCUAACGCUUCCAUGAAAAAUGCUGUGACCACGGUUAUUAGAAGAGCUUCAUUAGAAAAACAAAAAACUGCUUCUGCUUUUGCUUUAAAUACUGUUACUCCCUCUACUCCUGCUACAACGAAUAAUAACGUGUCUACAGUAAAAACUCAAACUUCUCUAGAUAAAAAACCAUUUGAAGAUGGCGUUAAGAUGAAGAUUAGUAAAGAAUUAGGUCAGUUACGAGACCAACAGAAUGGAGUUUCCGCCUCACUUGAACAAAUCAUGGAUAAAGUUGAACAAACCAAACACGAGGAAGAGGUGGAUAUAAAAUCCAAUGAGAAAGUUCGAGAAGCUGUGAUGACCAAAAUCAGAUUAUUUUUCCCAAAUAAACAGGAAUUAGGUCAAAGACUACGAGUGACUCUAGCAGGAUUUAUCUUCCUUGUAGCGCUAUUUACUGUUGUCAUGACAAUGAUGCCAAGUUCUGCUAAAGCCAUGGAGUUGUUUACUAAUGUACGACACCAAUCAGCACCACCUAGAUGA